CAGCAGUUGAUGUUUGGACUGGAGGUACAAGCAGAAGUAAUUUACUACAACAGGUGACCAACAUGGCGUUGUGGCUGGUCUCUGUCCUGGUGGUCUGGACGUCUGUGCUGGGCCUCACCCAGUGUUGUCCAGAACCCUGUACCUGUUCAGAUAAAUAUACCCACCAGUUUGCUGACUGUGCCUACAAAGACCUGCUGCUACUUCCUGUUGGACUUCCUUCCAAUGUUACCACCCUGUCUCUCUCUGCCAACAAGAUCAAACACCUGGAGGCCAAGAGCUUCAUCAACGUCACCCAGGUGACCUCUCUAUGGCUUGCCCACAAUGAGAUUGUGACCAUCGAGAGGAACACCUUGGCCCCCCUUGUCCAGCUUCGCAACUUGGACCUCAGCUACAACAAGAUUAUCAACUUCCCCUGGGAGGACCUGGCUAAGCUCACCGUCCUUCAGCUCCUCAAGAUGAACAACAACGAGAUGAUCAACCUGCCUAAAGACGCCUUCUCCACUCUCAAAGACCUGAGGUCCCUGAGGAUCAACAACAACAAGUUCACAACCAUAGUCCAGGGGACCUUCAGCUCUCUAAGCUCCAUGUCUCACCUUCAGAUCUACAACAACCCAUUCACCUGCUCCUGCAAUCUGGAGUGGCUGAGAGACUGGAUCAGUGAAUCUAAGAUCUCUGUUCCAGAGCAGGACUCUAUCGUCUGUGAGGCCCCUGAACAUCUGAAAGGGGCCCUGGUGACCAAAAUACCCAAGCUGGACUGCAGGGCCCCAACAGUGUCCAUCACCUACCAGCCUAAACUUGACAACACAGAGCUAUAUGAGGGCUUCAUGGUGAUUCUGAACUGUGAGAUUAAGGGCAACCCCAACCCCAAACCAGAGGUCAGCUGGGAGGUGGUGAACGGGGGUAACCAGAAGUUUACAUUCAACUUGCCCUCCGUGGUCAACGAGCAGAGUGACUUGCCCGUCAAUGAUAAAACCACCAACGGUCGGUUUCUGGUCUUUCAGAAUGGCACCCUGAUCAUCCCGAGAAUGAGUAAGAAGGAGGACGGGAAUUACAGCUGUUCGGCUGUCAACGACCUUGGUAGAGCGGACAGCACUGUGAAGGUUGUGGUGGCAGGCACCAAGAAACAGGCCAUCAACUCCAUGCUGGACACAACAUCUGGUAAGAUCCGACCAUCUGGUGGAAGUAAGAAUGGGGUCGAAGAUGACCAAGAACGUCAUCAACUGGCUCAAGUCUGAAUCAGAGAAGACCAAGACCGUUCCAACAGGAUCGACUGUCA